CUCUUCACUGUCUCUCUUUUGAACAGUCACAUUUUCUUGCUCUCUCUCUCUCUCACAAGAACGCACGCACCCGCGCACAUAAUACCUACAUGUGUGUCAACGACAACCUCGAAAAUGAUGAUUAUUUUACUGUUUUAUUGUCAUUCCAUACGCUUCCCACUUAUCUAUUCGUAUUAAUAGGGGCAUACAUUUGAAAGACCUCGCUACCUAAAGGACAUUUUCACAUGAUCUUUUGGUCUGAUCUGCUCAGUAUAACUGUGAACAGGCUGAGAUGUUCUCCUGUUUAAAACCUCUUACCUCUACCCCGACAUAAUCUUGGAAUAACAUUUACAGCCACGUGAUAAAAUAUGUUUACGUCACGAGAUAGGAUACAGGCCAAAGGUCAUCCUAUGGAUAGAAUGACUCAGUCGAAACUAAGCCUGAUGACUACAGCCCGGGUACUCCAGUCUGUAUGAAACUUCUGGUUGUUGGCGACCCUGACUGCGGUAAAACUUCUCUGGUGGUCGUCUUUGCGGAUGGAAGGUUUCCAGAAAAUUAUGUACCCAAGGCUCUUGACAACAAGGUCGCAAACAUUAAAGUGGAUUCCGAAAUCAAAGAACUGACACUAUGGGACACACCCGGAGGCGAGAUAUUUGACUGCCAACGUGAAUAUCUUUGCGGAGGGACUGACGUCAUCCUCAUGUGUUUUUCUAUCAGCCAUCCAGACAGCCUGCAGAACAUUCCAGAUAAAUGGAAUCCAAAGAUGCAGCACUUCUGUUCCGGAGUUCCCAUCAUCCUGGUGGGAAACAAGAAGGACUUGCGCGACGACCCCGUGACCCGAGCUGACCUAGUGAGUUCAGAGAAGGGCAAGGCCAUGGCUGAGCGGAUCGGGGCGGCGGCCUACGUAGAGUGCUCGGCCAAAACUAAUGAAGGCGUCCACGAGGUGUUGAAGACUGCUGUCAGAGUAACACACAAGGCCCGUGAGAAAAGAAGGCGAAAGAACACAUGCUUGUUGUGCUGACUUACAUCAAGGACAGACACAAGACGUGACGACAGCGUCGAGAAGUCAUCACUCUUCAAUAGUUUAAUUUUUAUAUGUUACUCUAUUAAUGGCACCUGUCCAUCCUUUAUUGUCUCAUAUGGGCGCGAAGCACAGCUAAGCCACAUUAUUCUCGCGGCACUGACUACAAGAAUGAGGUUAUUGUCUGUGAACAAAAAAAAAAAAAAAAAAAAAAAAAGAAAGAAAGAAAGAAAAAUUAUUUACUAAUCUAACUCAGGUUUUUUUUUCCAAGUGCCCUCUCACCUCCAGACCUCACCAAGCCUGAUUAUAACCUGAUUAAAAACUAUCGGACUGUAACGGUUCAAUUUGCGCAAUGGAAUAUUCGGCGGAAGGUCUCGUCUUUGUAUAUAACUUUUAGCAUCUGAACCUCCUAAGUGCUGUGCUGAGCUUUUUAGUGCCCCCUCUCCACCUUCCCCUCCUCCAUUCGAUCCUCCCUCCCACAAAGACACACGGACAACGGACGUCCUCCCUCUGUGUUGCUAAUCAGUGGAGCACUCGUCCUCAUCACAUUCGCCACUCGGACUACAAGGCUACAUUCAAACCUUCUCUGAAAACAUGUCUGUUCACAAAGUACUUUCCCUGAAUUACUUAACUCCCUGGCAAUACUCUCUGCCAUGCUAACCAUCAUGUGACGACUCCAUCUGACACUGUUUAUAGUAUCUACAUCCCUUCAUACCUUCAUCCACUGCUUUACCUUCUACUUUUGUUCCUCAUGUUUAUGUUGUUCAAUAUGUCUAUACUUACCUCACUGUUUACUUUCAUGUAUCAUUAUUGGGCUGCACAGACAGUUCGAUCUAUUUUGGUCGUGAUGCUCCGCGUUAAUAAGCUCCCAUUAUCAUUAUUAUUAAACAACUGGCAAAGAAUAAACUGAUGCAAGGGACGUAAGCCACAUAAAAAAAGGUAGCGCGUGUUAUCUCCCAUUUCUGUGUGUUUCGGUAGUUACGCUAUCCGCUAUCAAAGCUGCUUUCUUCAUACAGAUAUAAACAAUUAAAUCUAUAAAAAUAAAAAAAUGUUAGUUUUAAACUGUUUAUUUUAAUGUGUCUGUUUUUGUUAUCUUUAACAAGAUGAAUCCUGAUGUAACUUUUACUACACAAAUAUAUCACACAGGAAAGUUAAAGCAUGCACGAGGUGACUUUUUCUGCUCAUUUAGUCUUCUAGUCUUUCCGUUUCCAUAUUUCUAUUGAAAGAAGUUACGUUUACACCAGAUACAUUGAUGCAUUUAAUUCUAAUUUUUUUCUAUUUUCGAUAUCAAAUCG